AUGUCAGUCCACAGAUAUGGCCUGACGGAGCUGCACUCCGGUAUUGGCAUCAACGGAGAACCGCCGAGAGCAAACAUUGUCUUCGUGCACGGCUUGAACGGUCAUCCUCAAGAGACUUGGAGCGCCAAAUAUGCCUCGGCCAGCAGCGAGCCCGCAGACAGACGUACCUCUGAUUCCGAGGCCUCGGUACACUCCCCAGCUCGCAAAGGCUCCGUGUUUAAUAAGUUCCUUAAACGUACCAAGACUGGGCAUCCGAUUGGCCUCGGUGAUCGCACUCUGUCCAUCGCACCCUCUGCAUACUCAAUGGACGACACAUCCGAUUCUAUAUCCCCUCGCCCUUCCCCCGGCGCGUCGCCUGGCGAGUCCAACGUCGAUCCUCUCACUAUGACCGCCGAACCGGAUGCGAUGACCGUUCUUAGCCCGACUGCGUCCAACAUCGCCAAUCUCAGUGCUCCUCCCGUCCACAAGAAGAAGGUGUUCUGGCCAAGGGAUCUGCUCCCCAAGGACCUACCUAAUGCGCGCAUCCUUACGUUUGGCUAUGAUGCAGAUUUGGUCAAGAUGAGCAGCACGGGGAAAAGCGCGAAAUUGAACUUCACGCAACACGCCCAUGACCUCUGCAUCACACUCAACAGGGAGCUGCAAGACGAUAUACCAGCUAUUCUCUGCUGUCACAGCCUGGGAGGUGUAUUGGCGAAGCGUGCUCUCUGGGAAUCUAAAACGGACAACAACCCGCUUCAGCAACGUCUCUGCAAGAAUACUAAGGUCGUUAUAUUCUUCGGAUCGCCUCACCGUGGGAGCUCCACAGCAGGCACGAAGAUAGUCUCGAUGGUGAAAUUGGAUGCUGCGCAACAUCUUGUCAGCAGCUUGAGGUUAGAUAGCGAAAUUCUAGACAACAUUCACAGCGACUUCAUGAAGUUAUUGGUGGAGGGAAGGUUCUGGAUUCAUACUUUCCAGGAGGGAAAGCCAAUCAACAACGUGCUCGGCAAGGUGGUUGAAGACUUUAGCUCGAAGAUCGACGAGACGACGCCGAUGCAAACACACGAAAACAUCGCCGCCAAUCAUCGAAAUAUGAUUCGCUAUCCGACAGCACAAGAUCCUGGCUACCGCAAGGUGAUCGGCGCGCUUCGUCAGUAUAUGAACAUGCUCGACAAAAAGCACGAUAUCGAGCGAAUGUCCAUUGCCAGUAGUUAUUCCGCGAAGGAGAUGCCUUUGAGGACAUAUUUUAGCGUGCCUUACGAACGUAAUGAGAAUUUUGUGGGCCGGGAGGAGACCCUUGAAGCGAUCAACAGGGUCCUCUCCACUGGUCCAAAGUAUACGCCAUUCAUUGCGCUUCAUGGCUUGGGUGGCAUCGGAAAGACGCAAGUCGCUAUCGAACUCGCCUACCGCUGGCAAUCAUUUUUUCCCAACCACAACAUUUUCUGGCUGAAUGCAGGAGCGGUAGACCGCCUCGGCGAAAGCUUGCAAUCAGUCCUGGACACGCUCGAGAUCCCGCACUCGGCUGAGACUAAUGUCCGGAACGUAGUCGAAGAGUGGCUGCGCAAUAGGUCGAACGGCCGUUGGCUCUUGAUUGUCGAUAAUGUCGACAACGAAGCGGUGCUUGACGAGAACAACGGCAAAGGCGCUUUCAAGAUGCUAUCCUGUAUUCCCAAGACAGAUCACGGCCAUGUUCUUUUCACCAGCCGAUACAAGAAAGUGGCCAUGAAGCUGGCGCCCGACACGGUUCGCAUCGACAACAUGCCGAAAUCCGAGGCCCUUGAGCUACUGAAAGUCUCCCUCCGCGAGCAGUAUGACAAAGACCAAAACGCAGAUGCGGAAAGGCUUCUCGAAGAGCUCUCAUACAUUCCACUUGCGAUUGCACAAGCUGCGGCUUACAUCAGGGAGAACGAGAACACCAUCGCAGACUACUUGGAGCUGUACACGGAAAGCGAAGACAACAAGAUGGAGCUCCUGGAGCAGUCCAUCGCGGAACUGGGUACAUCCGACCCGGAUGAGUCUGACGACCGUAAAAUGGUUCUGAAGACCUCUUGGAUGUCUUUCGAUCGGCUGAAGUCUGACGGCGCAGCAGGUCCGCUAGCGACGGAGCUUCUUAGCGUGCUCGCAUUCCUCGACCGCCAGGAGGUCCCUAUUUCGCUCCUCAAGAACUUCCGGCCCAAGGCUGGUAACCUAAAGCUGAAUAAUGCCUUGGGUAUGCUGAAAGCUUAUUCGCUGGUUACGGAGAACACGAAGACGAAGAAUUUGGCUAUUCAUCGCUUGGUGCAGCUGUCGAUGCGGAAGUGGCUCGAGCGGGAGAAUCAAGUUGAGAAAUACCGGGAGGGGGCACUCAUCCUGCUGAGCGAGAAUUUCCCAGACGGCUCGUUCAAGACGUGGAACGAGUGCAAGGCGCUCAUCGUCCACGCCGACGCGAUCCUGGAGCACACCCACGAUUCUGAGAAUCGUUCCGCGCGCGCGAAGCUCCUGCAAAACUGCGCCAACUUCCAAAACGGAAGAGGCCAGUAUGCUGCAGCAGAAACUAAGUUCGCGGAAGUCGUGAAGUUACGAACUGAGUUGGUCGGCGCCGACAACACAGAGACUUUACGAGCCCAAGAUCAGCUUGCGUGGACGCUGAGAAACCAGGCGAGGAAGGAAGAGGCCCUGGUUCUCGCGAAGCAAACCCUAGAGAAGAAAGUGCAGGUCUUCGGCAAGAAUAGUGCAGAAGCACUCACCACCUCCCAUAUCAUCGGCGCAGUAAUAGGUGACCAAGGGAAGCAUCAAGAAGCUGCCGUAGUCCAUCAAGCCAAUCUCGAUGCGCGGAAAGAGUUACUUGGUGCCGAACAUCUGGACACCCUCCGCUCAGCUGCCCACCUCUCACUCGAGCUCUGGGAGCUGGGUAAAUUCGUCGAAGCGGAGGAGCUCGCGCGGCGAACCCUUGCCUCCCGGCAACGUCUCCUGGGAGAAGAACACCCCGACACUCUGGAAAUUGCAGGGACACUAGGCUUCAUCCUAGAGAUUCAGGGCAAGUACCAGGAAGCCAAGGACCUCAAGCUCUCCAUGCUCAAGUUGCGCGAACGCAUCUAUGGCGAAGACCAUCCGGAUACGGCGGACAGCCUGCACGACGUCGGCUGGAUACUGCAUCAAAUGGGCGACUACGAAGGCGCAGAGCCAUACUACGAGCGGAGCCUGAAGGCGAAACUUCGACUACUAGGCGAAACGCAUCCCAAGACCCUAACGACCAUGUGCAACUACCCCGUCUUCUACUGCGAUAAGGGCGAAUACGACAAAGCGGAAGAGCGCUCACAACGCUUGAUCGCGGUCUUCAAACGCGUGCAGGGCGACAUGCAUCCACAGACGCUCGAUGCAACAGGCGGCCUGGCGGUCAUCCUCCGGCAUCAGGGCAAACUCGAAGAAGCAGCCAAGGCAGCCCGGACCAGCAUCGACGGGCGCAAUGUAAUCCUUGGACCCGACCAUCCCUGGACGCUUCCGCCGGUCAGUCACUGGGGUUACGUCCUCACGCUGCAAGGCGACCACGCGAAAGGCGAGGAAGUAAUCCGCACCGCGCUCUCCGGGCUCGAAAAAGCCAUGGGCCCGGAAUCUUCCAACGUGCUCACGUCCCUCGUCUUCCUAUCCAAGAACCUACUCCUCCAAGCACAAACCGCUGGCAGUCCCUCGCCCUCCGACCCGCGCCUUGAAGAAGCCGAGCAGCUCGCUCGGCGCGCGCUGGAGAGCAGGAAAAAGUUGCUCGGCGAGCAGCACCCAUACACGUAUAAGACUAUGCAUCAUCUGGCGAAGGUAGUGAUGGCAAGGGGAAGGUACGAGGAGGCGGUGGGGCUGAGUAAGAAGGCGCUGGGGGGAUUGUGCAGGACGUUGGGGAGUGAGCAUCCAGAUGUUAGUCUUUGUGAUGAGGAGUUGAGGGGUAUGGAGAGGAGGGUGGAGGAUAGCGGCGGGAAGGGGAGUGCCGGGGAGGGAGUGGAUGUGAUUGAUAUCUGA